CGCGCGGUGUCGGAGCGAGCGGCCUGUGCGCGCCGCGCCGCCCGUCGGCAUGGAGCACGUGAACGGUGUCGGUGCAGUGCCGCCGCGCUACCUGCUGAACGGGGCCGGCGCCGCGGGCGCGCCGGCCGCCCAGCGCCUGGGGGCCGCUCUGACCGUGUGCUCAACCCCCGGACUGCCGGGGAGCGCUGCCGCGCUGGCCGGCGCGGUCAGCUCGGCCGGCCUGACGGUGACGCCGAGCGGGGCGGUGGGCCCGCCGACCUCCGGCCGACAGUCUGUGCCGGCGCUGUCCCGCAGCCCCCUGCUGGCCGGACCGCCACUGCCGGCAACAGGAGUCGUCUUCAGCCGCAACCGCUACGGCCAAGUGACGAUGACGUCUCAGCCGACCAACGAGUCGGAGCUGCAGCUGUACCGGGUGCUGCAGCACGCCAACCUGCUCAGCUACUAUGACGUGUUUAUCAGCCAAGGUAAGCGCCGCGGCGGUGAUGACGUGCAGCAGCUCUGUGAGGCCGGCGAGGAGGAGUUUCUCGAGAUCAUGGCGCUGGUCGGCAUGGCGUCCAAGCCGCUGCACGUGCGCCGCCUGCAGAAGGCGCUCCAGGAGUGGGUCAGCUCGCCAGGCAAGUUCCACGUGCCGCUGCUGCCGGUGCCGACCGCCGGGUUCCUGCCGGCCGGCCGCGCCCUGGUGGGCCAGCUGGGCGGCCUGCCGCCGGCGCCGGCCGUGUCGGCCGCGCCGCUGCCCGUCACCGUGACGGCGGCGCCCGUCACGGCCAGUCCCGUGCAGCCGCCGGUGCGGGCGCCGUCGGCGCCGGCGGCCCCGGCCGCGCGCAGCACGCCGCCGGCAGCGGCCAGCCCCACACCGAGCCUGGGCCGCGACCGGGACAGUCUGCCGUCACCGUCACACUCCCAGAGCAGCCGCGAGCCGUGGCCGAGCCGGUCCGGGCCCGGUGAGGAGAGCUCCGGCGGCGGCGGCGGCGAGCAGUACCCCACGUCGAGCUCGCCGCUGCAGCUGACACCGACGCUGCGCGCCUCGCAGAUCCGCCGGCUGGCCGACACCGCGCUGGCCAUCGCCAAAACGCUGCCCGACUUCGAGCCGCGCCAGCAGCACAGCAGCAAACGCAAGGCCUGCAAGGAGCUGGAGACGUCUCGCCUGCAGUACGUGGUCGGAAUGGACCCGGACGACCCGAAGCGGAUGGACAAGAUCCGCGAGUACGCCGCCAUCUACGGCAGGUUCGACUGCAAACGGAAGGCCGAGAAACCCCUCACCCUGCACGAGGUGUCUGUGAACGAGGCGGCGGCGCAGAUUUGUCUGCACGUCCCGGCGCUGCUCACCCGGCGUGACGAGCUGUUCCCGCUGGCCAGACAGGUGGUGCGCAACUCGGGCUACCAGUACUCCAAGGGCCACUCCAGGUCCCAGGGCGCCCAGUGCUACUCUCCGCGCGACCUGCGGCUCAUGGACGAGGGCAGCGGAGGAAAGAGGAUGCGACUCGACUCUGACUCGCCGCCGGACCCGAACGGCGAUCCCUCCUGGAGGGGGCGGCAGGACCGUCUGGAGCAGAUAGCUGACGAGCUGCGCCAGCUCCAGGAGCGGGGAGACCAGUUGCGGCAGCUGCAAGAGCGCGGCGACGAGGGCGCGCCUGCCGACGGAGAGCGGCCGGCCGGCGAGGGCGAGGGCGAGGGCGAGGGUGGCUCGCUGCAGCAGCAGAUCGCGGGCCUGGAGCGGCAGCAGCAGCAGCUGCGCUCCGAGCAGACCGAGCUCGUGCAGGAGAGCAAACAGUCCUUCAAGAACUGUCUUGAAAUCUAUGACGACGAUUCCCAGUACUCGUUGAGCAGUGCAGCCUCACCGCAGGGCCCGGCCGGCGACAGCUCCAGGGAGGGCGACCCGAUCCGAGCCGAGGGCACCCGGGAGGCAGACGCGGCGCGGCUCGACACCUCUGACCGGCGGCUCACCAAAAAGCUGGUGCAGGAGACGCUAGUGGACGAGGGGUUGCGGGUAGUGAGGGGCCUGGUGAGCCACGGCCCGCCCACCUCCGGCGGCGCGCACACCUUCUUCCCGGAGCACAAGGUGAUCGCUUCGGCCGCCGGCACCAUCAUCGCCGUGGCCAACCCGGCGCUCUCUAUGUCGCAGCUGUCGCAGCCGGGCCCGCUGGCGGCCAGAGUGAAGACGGAGCCCGGCCCGCGGGUCAAGGUCGAGCCGGCCGGGUCACCGCCAGCGGCCAACGGUCGGCGGCCGGCCGACUGAGCGCCGCCGCACCGCGCCGCCCGCCCAUUGUGAUAUAGUGCUGGAGGGCUCCGAGAGGCGGCGGCCACUGCCGGGCCGCUGCACGGCCGCCGAGGAGGCGACCGGCCGCUCCCUUUCAAUCUCUUUGUAUACCGUUUUGCACAGCUUCAUAUUACCCCACAGGGGCAUAUUUUCGAUGUAUGUGUAUGUACCUACUCCGGCCGGGUGCGGCGUCUGGCCCUAAACGCAACUCGCCACCUGAACUUGGUCCAACUGACACACGUUGUAAACGUGACGGUCCCGGAGAACGUCUCCGCGACCGCGGGGAGAGCUUAGACGGCCGCCUAUCCAAUAGACCGCAGCGUGCGUGGCACCGGGCGGGGCCGCUGAUCUGGGCUCAUUGGACGGACUGGGGUUACCCCCGGCUCCAGUCGCGGCGCGUCUGUUUCGUCAGACAUUUUGGCGCCUCCUCGUACUUUAUAAAAUGUCACGUAGCCCAAGGCCAAUACGCCAAACCUACCGUGGCUUCCAAAGUUACGCUAAAAUAGCACAGCAACACAUCUGAACGCUCCUCCUGCUGUCGUGACUCCGCCCUAAAGUUAUGAAAACCAAAACAGAUAGUUUUGCCACAAUAGAUGAAACAUAGUUUCACCAUAGGAUAAAGGUUAUCCUUCGUGAGCAUUUCACGCGUCAAGUAGCCCCCGAGUUUGGACCUCACGGGCCGAUUAUUGGGGCGCGGUCUCUAAGACAAAGUAGCACUAGCAGUUCGCUGACCUCCAAGGCACCAGCUUACAGAACCCUCGCUCCGCCGUAUGCACUCAGUGCAAUCAAAACCGCUGGGCCCGAGGCCAACCCUUUGCCUUCUGGCAGGAUGGCAGGAUGGCCCUUCUGCCAGGGCCAUUCCGCCCCAAAGACAGAAUAGGCAUGCAGGUCUACUGGAGUUUAACUCCCCCAUAAUUUACAACAUGAUGCGCACCGAAUAUCAACUUUACUCCCAUGGUUACUAUAUGAAGCAGAACUUCACAAUGGUGAUGACAACCUCGAACUAGCCCAUGUUUAAUUACUGAGUGUUUGUGUCUCACUUACUCUGAAGACAUGCCGAAAAUCUCAGUUGCAAAAGUUGUCAUUCAGAUAGAAGGCUAUCAGAGCACAGGACUGUUAUCGAGUCGAACAGUCGACUCCAGUGCUAAACUCCAAGAACCAACAGGCCCAACAGCCUACAAUGCGAAGCUCUAAGCUUCAUUGGGGUUACCACAGGGUCACUAGAAUACAGGACCACUCUAUUACAGCUUACAGAACCAGUGAACAUUGAACGUAAAUUGGAUAUCGGUUCUGCACUCUGAGCGGACGAAUUUGUCUGUCUGGUCUGUGUUGGAAUCAUGCGACUGCCUGGACCUCCGGUUGAUCUGCCGUGUGCUGGAUGGAUCUGGAGUUGUGGGUUGCGUCGUUAUAUCAGUGUCUAAAUCAAAACGUGUCGGCGCGCGUCGCUCGGUCGAUAGAUGUAGUGUCGCCCGGCCCGCCGGCUCUCGUGUCUCGCUGUGUCUGUGUUCACUGUGCAUCGUGUCGGGGUAUGAGAGAGUGGCCCGGUGACCCGUCCUGGACCCAGUCCUGCGCUCCGGUCAGCCGCCAAAGCCUGUCAGGUGUUUAACGUCGCAAUUUUCGAUUAGUCGAAAGCAAGAUAGUUGUUUUUCGUCCGGGAAAAUUCACUGGCGGCUGGCGCGACUUAUCAGUCCAGGGCGCGGGCCGAUGGGCCGACGGGUUCACCGCGGCCACCCCGAUCCGCAAAGGGGCCAGCAGUGGACCCAUUUGUCCCCUGUCACGCACGGUAUUUAUUUGCAUUCCAUCCGAAGCGUUCAUGUUGUGUGUGCCAAUUGCGCCUGGCGGUCGGCCCGGCAAUCUGUGGUUCUUGAUGCCGCCGCUGCGUGUCGCUGUCGGCGACACUUCCAUUGCCAUCCCGCGUGCACCCUGUUUGGAGCCGACUCGACAAAUACAGGCGAUCGGCGCGACUGUA